AUGUUGAAGUCAUUUGCCAUUCUAGCAGCUCUCGCAGGCCCUGUGUGGUGUGUUGUUGUGACGGUUCCAGAAAAAACUGUGAAGACAACCGUCGGUGGGAACAUCACUCUUCUCUGCACAUACAGAACAGAAAUGGUUGCACCUGAUUUGUUAAUUCAGUGGAAUUUUUACAGCGCCAAAGAGAAAGACCUCACUUCAAUCUACUUUUCUCAGCAAGGCCAGUCGUAUUCCUAUGGAGAGUUUAGAGGCAGAAUCCAAGGUGCAAACAGCCCUGGAAAUGCCUCCAUAACCAUUUUCAACAUGCGGGCAUCAGAGACUGGUGCAUAUACCUGUGAAGUUUUCAAUCCUGCAGUCUCAAAUGGACUGAGCGAAAAAUAUCUGGUUCUCAGCGUACUAGCCCCGCCAUCCCAGCCUCACUGCAGCUCUCUUGGGACACCCGAGUCGGGCAGCAGCGUCUCCCUGCACUGCUUUUCCGAGGACGGGCUGCCUGCGCCUACGUAUCAGUGGCAAAAAAUAUCUGGGGACACCAUCACGCCUGUGACAGAGCCAUAUAAUCCCAAAACUGGUGUCUUGGUUCUGAGUCACCUGGCAGAUUUUGAAGAAGGCUCCUAUCGGUGCACAGCGAUGAAUUCUCUUGGAAGGAAAUCCUGCCAAGUCAGCCUGUGA